AUCUAAUCAAAGCUGGGGCAACAAAUUCAGGUUCACCUACCCUCAAAUUUACCCAUCCAAUCUCAUUUCCUCUUUCUCUUCUCGACCCACCAACCCAUUUUACUACUUUUCUGCAUCUUUCUCCCCAACCUUCAAAUCUCACUCACCCACUCUUUUUUAGCACAAAAUUUUCGCACAUCUCUUCUAUCUACUUCAUCCAAAUCUUACCCAGAAAGCUGAAGAAAAGUGUUGUUUAGGAUUUGAUUUCCCAGGAAAAAAGGAGUUGUUUUCUUUCACUUUUUUGUUUAAACAAAAUCAAAUACAAUUAUGGGUGGUGAAGGGAAGGUGUUCUCUUUGUCUGAGGUCGCAGAACACAACUCUUCUAAAGAUUGCUGGCUUGUUAUAGGCGGAAAGGUAUACGAUGUAACCAAGUUCUUGGAAGACCAUCCUGGUGGCGAUGAGGUUUUGUUGUCCGCAACAGGAAAAGAUGCAACCGAUGAUUUUGAGGAUGUCGGUCAUAGCAGCACUGCCAGAGCCAUGAUGGAUGAGAUGUACGUUGGUGACAUUAAUACUGCAACUAUUCCUACCAAGGUCAAAUACACACCCCCAAAACAACCACAAUACAACCACGACAAGACUUCGGAGUUCAUCAUUAAGAUCCUUCAAUUCCUAGUUCCCAUCCUAAUUUUGGGUUUCGCUGUUGCCAUGCGAUUUUACACUAAGCAAUCAACUGAAUAAAUUACGGUGUCUUCUGAGGAAACAAAAAAGAUCAUCAAUAAGAAUGCAGUAUUUUAUGGAGUCUCUUCUUACUAAUUAGAAAUUGUCAAUCCACAAUGUGUGAUUUAGUUAAGCAGCUUCUUUUCGGUGUUUUGUGUAACAAAUCUCCUCCCCUCUCCCUUUUUUUGUGUGAUUCUGAAUUUACAGCCAAUUUGUUCUCCGCAAUUGACUAUUAUCCUCCUUCCUGAGUUAUGAAUUUUGGUCCUUAGCAUUUAGCAACAUCAAUUUUGAUUAAUUUUAAUUCCUUA